UACUUCGUGAAGAUACUGUAAUUAUUAUGGGACUUAGGGGUGUGUGGAAAUGAUUCAUGGAGACGUUUCCCAGCCAGCAGGCUCAUGGAGCCAGGUGAGCUCUUCCCUGGAAUGUGAAGCAUGCAGCGUGGCAACUGGGAGAAACAGGUUUGGCAGGACGUUUUAAGCUGUUUGCAGCAGCCAGCCUCUUCAGAGCCCCGUCCCUGCCUCGCUGAUCUCCCGGCUGGAUGCUCUGCUCUGCCACAGCCGCCCUGCUGAGCUGGAGAGGAUGGACAUGCUGCGCAGGAGCCUGUCCCGAUGGAAGAGGUACCACAUCAAGGUGCACCUGGCUGACGAGGACCUGAUGAUGCCCCUGACGGUGCGGCCCAGGGACACGGUGAUGGACCUGCGGGCUCUCUUGGUACGGGAGGGCAUCACUUCCUGGAAGAAGACAUUUUAUUACAACUCCAGGCAGCUCGAGGAGCACGAGACCCUCAAAGAAGCCAAUAUCCAGAAUGGUUCUGUCCUCCUCCUUGUCAGCAAUAAAAGAUAAUGCCAAAGAGCACAGCCCAAGCCAUGAGGGACGGGGAGUGUGACAAGGGCUGAAGGAAGCAGAUGGAAGAGAGCUGGCCCAUGGAAAGGCAGCCUGGCCACCAGUGUUGGUAAGUCCCUCCUGCACGCCAGCUCAAGGACUGUUCAGAAAGCAGCUCCAAGUGUUUCCAGCAUGGUGCCCAUGAAUAAUUAACCCAAACAAAACAACAAAUAGUGUUUCCUCAUCAUCAUGCCAUGUGGACCCAGCUGCCAAGGAGGAGUGUGGUGAGACUGACUCAGCUCCUCAGAGCAAUGAAUCAGUGAAAUGCCCAGGACAGGGAAUUUCUGCCUGGGACACGGAGCACCAAGGAGCUGAGGGGGACUUUGCUUAGGGCCCCGGAUGGGGACACGGGACAUCCGAGCCUCCUCCUGACUCCUCAGGAUUCUGCAGUAAGUUGCUGGUCUUGGCUUUUGUUUUCCUACAUAUGUAAUGUAGAGAUAAUUAUUUUUCCCUUUCAGCCUGUCCCCCCAGGUGUAAAUGACUCAGGUUAUGGACUGUCUGGGCUCCAGAACACUUUCUAAACAGUGGACCCCCAUUUCCAGGUUACAGGCUUUGUACAGCAAAAAGUGGUGAGUGCACUAGAGGCAGUCCUGGAGCUUGGCAGCCUCUCUGUGUCCAAAGGACAGGAACUGGUUGGUCUCUGGUACAGCCACCACUCACCUGAUCUCAGGAACCCACAGGAGACCAAAACUGUCUCAUUUUGGAGGCAGGGUUUCUACAGCAAUGAGCCUCCUUGUGUUCUGUCUGCAGCUGGUCCCCCACUUUCCCCUGCUCCAAUAACUUCUGAACCAGCUGACCUGAUUCAACCCAAUCUGAUGGAAAAUGAGAGGUCUCCCAGACCCAGGAUUCCUGAAAUUUUCAUGAGCAAACAGCAGUUGGAUAGAAGAGAGACAUUUAAGUUAAUAUUCUAUUGAAGGGAAGGUAAUUACACCUCUGGUUCCCUGCCUAUUUUGGGAUGCAGCAGCCAGGUGACCAGCUGGCAUUUAGACAGGACUGGUCACUCAGUUCCUGCCCAGCUUCAAACCCCCCUGUGUUUGCCACCCCUUCCCUGCAAAGCAAGAAGCUGCUGGAGCAGCCAAGGAUUUUGCUGGGAAGGUCUGGAGGGCAUCAGGUGCCCUGAGGAUAUUGCAGUAAGCCGGGAGCACCAAGAAAGGAAGGAAUAAGAAGCAGUUGUAAUACAAAUCAGAGGAAGAAUGGGUUUCACCAGUUCCUUACUCACAGAACAACUUGAUUUUUAGGUUCAAACUUAUUUUCAGGAAAACAAAAUGGAUGUUUCACUAAUCUCUACAGUACCUUCCCCAGAAAAUUCCAGUAACUGGGAACCCUUAGCAAACACCCUAAAUCUGCAUUUUCUGGGUUUUUUGGCCAUCAGAAAACAUUUGAUUCUUUUUUUCCCAACACCAUCAUUUGACAAAAUGCUAUGGAAAAUAGAAUUUUCCAUUUUCUUUUUCCCAAAGAACAAAAACAUUCCCCCCAAGAACUUACUUAGACUUUGCACAGAAAGAGAUUCUGAGACAAAAACAUGAGCACAGUCACAGCUGAACAUUUUAAAAGCAAAUGGGAUGGACAAAGAGUGGGUUGGGACUAAGUGUGGGAAGAAGGAAUGUGAGUUUUCCAAGGUCAACCAGCAAGGCAGGUACUGACUGUUGGGUCAGCAGUUCUGCCACUUGACCAUGCAGUGCCUCUGCAUGUCUGUCUAUCCUGAAAUAAUGAAUUUCUUGGAGCAGAGCCAGUACUUUCCUGAGUGCUUGGGAAGUGGCUCACACAGCCCUGGGUGUAGUCGUAAAUAAUAAUUAAAAUUAGAAUAAUAAUAUUAAAGUGGAUGUGUGCCACUGGAGAUGGGACACACUGAGCAACAGCGUUCUAAAUCUAUGCCCCUCAUCUAGUAAAAGGUACAGUUUGCUUCACAAAGCCUGGGAGACAGGAUUUGCUUCCCUGGGCUUGAUAAUCACAGUCUUUUGCUCUGCAAAAGGCAAACUGACCUGAGCUGAAUUGGGUCCAAUAUCUACUCCAACACCUCCUGCUGUAGUUGGCAGCUCUGGUCAGCUCUGGAACCUUUUUGCAGCUCAGGGGGAUAUCUGGAAUGACUAAAUUAACCGUGGUGGUGUGGGGAGCUGCCUGGACUAAUGUUUUUUUCAGAGAUAGGCUUUGAUUGACACUUCAAAUCUGCCUGACAAUCUUUUAUUCUAAGUGCAGUUGCUGCCUUUCUUCAGAGCAGGAAGAACUGGUUUGGUUGCUGUCCUUCAAAUGAUGCAUCUCAUCACAUGGGAAAGAGUAGGAAAAAACCACCUAGAAAGAGCCACAGGACCAGCAUAAGGAGAGGUCCUUCAAAACCAGCCAGGCUCUUUGGAGUUUUGCCUUUCUGCAAAAGGCAAACUGACCUGAGCUGGAUUAGGUCCAGGAUCCACUCUAACACCUCCUGCUGUAGCUGGCAGCUCUGGUCAGCUCUGGAAGGCUUUCUGCAGCUCAGGGGGAUAUCUGGAAUGACUAAAUUAACUGUGGUGGUGUGGGGAGCUGCCUGGAUACCAGAAAAGAUGCUGACAGUAAGAACUGCUGUGGAAUGGAUGUCUCCCUUGUCUGUGAACACAGGUGUGGACGAGCCCAAGGACCAGCACUGGAAGCUGUGUUAGGUCCUGAGUGUGCUGCAAGAUGGAGAAGUGUGCACCCUCACAGUGCUGCUCUGUGCUUGGCACUGCUGCUUGUGGGGACUGUUUACCUUUGGGAUCCUGCUACUGAUGGAGCACCACAGACAUGGAAUAUCCAAAGCACUGCUGUCUACCUCCUCCUUGGAGCUGCAGCCAGGCCUUUCCAGCAGCUCCUUCUCCUGAGCCUCAUGAGCAGAAGACAAGCCCAGGCAGGUCAUCCCUGGCAGCAGCUGAGCUCCAGGCAGGCAGCUCAGGCUGGGGCACGUUUCUGUGGCUCCUCUGUGCUCCUCCCGUACCUGAGACAUGCAUGCAUCACAUGGUUCAGUUUACAGGGCCAUCAGCCUGGCAGCUUUCCUCGCUAAAUUUACUUUUUUAAGUUCCAUCAGUGUUGUAUCCAGGGGGAAUGGAGGAACAGAUGCAGCUUGUGAAGUUUGGCUUUAAUUCAUCCGCCUCAUUUAAUUUCCUGCCCUGCCUACUAAUCAAUGAGUCUGCACUGGCAGCUCUGGGAAUACCACGGUUUUUCCUGAUCCAGGAGAAUUCAGCACCGUGGCACAGGGUCUCAAGCAGGCUGUCACUGUCCUUUGAGUGAAAUCCUUCAUUUUGGAUUUCCCUCCCCCAGAACCCUUGCAGACACUCUCCAGCCCAGGGCAGCUGCUCCUCAUUUCCUUGCAGGGCCCAGGGGCAGCUCUGUCCCAUUGUCCCCCCCAGCCUGUGUGGCAUUCCCUCCUGGAAUGUAACUGCAAUACAACACUGGAAGUGUUCUCCUUCAAGGGUUCCAGCCCCAGGCUUUGCUUUUCAGGGCCACACUCCUGGGGUCAUUUGGCCCUUGCCACCUCCCAGGGGGAUCAGCAGAGCCUGGCAGGGGCUGCUGUGUCCCCUUUGUCCCCCACAGCCCCUGAGCGUGUCCCUUUCUGUGGCAGCAGCUCUCUGGCCACAGACAGAAACACAACUUUCCCAGGCACCGUUCUGGGAAAAGUCUGUCAGAAGAUCAGAGAAAAGAAUGAGAAACAAUUCUUAUCUUCACUUGCUGCACCUAGUAUUGUAAACACGUAAAAUGUGUUGUAAAGAUUUGUUUACCAAAAAGUAGUUUCUUUAUUAACCAAUAGUAAUAGUGUUUUAAGUAAAAAACCAAUUAAGUCAACCUGUAGUGAACUAGUCUGUAAAAGAGCAAUGAGUUUCUUAGUAAAAACAUCUUAAUCAACUUUCUGUAACACAUGAAGUCUGUACCAGUGAUAAGCUGGCCAGGUUAUCCUGGGAUAACCUCCCGGUGUCCCUUCUCCCAGGACAGUGGCAGCCCCUCAGCUCAGAGCUGCUGCCAGGCACUGCCUCAGGCCUUCGGGGAGCACCAGUGGAAGGUUUCUGGCACCUUGCCUUGUUUAAGCAGGCUUCUUCUGCACUGGGGUUUUUGGGGCUCCUGUUAAUUCCAGGCAGUGCUGCUCUGUUGUUCAGUCAGCCCUGUCCAAGGCUGCCUUUGCCUGGUGGUACCUAUUCUGUGACACCACUGCUUUGCCUCACUGGUACAGUCUGUGCCAGAUUGCUCUUUGCCUGCUGAAAUGGACAAGUAAGAUCCAGCUGGAAUGCAAAUCACACCGUGGAAUGAAAGCUGUGGGGAACAAAAUCCCCUCUAAGUAGUUAUGUCAGCCUUUGUUAUGGUGUGAUGGCUCCAACUCUGCUCCUGCUCUGUGAAGGAGCAGGAGAGAGUCUGUUGUGCCUUUGUGUUUUCUAGGCACAAACUCGAUGUAAAGCUGCCUUUAGGCACUGGCAGCCCUGAUUGUGUGUGUGUGUGUGCAAACCUAACAGACAGAUUCCACCCACUCUGGAAAUUUGAUGAUUGCCUGGUUUUCUCAAGGCUCCGUUUCAUGCACUACAGGCCAAACCCACGGGGUGAUUGCCAGCUCUGCACAGGGGCUGAGAUGACGUGAUGAGGGAGAAGCACAGAGAAAUUUCAAUCUGCCACAAAAUGUGCUCCUAAUCCUCAUGGCCUUGUAAUUGUGAUGCUGUCACUGGUGUCAUUGCAGUUGUUCUUGUCACUGUUUCCCCAUGUUUGGUGCUAAAUAUUGUAAAUGAAGAGAAAUAUUUAGAUUUGUAAUGGAAUCUAAAUUUAUUGUGGAAUUAAACACACAGGAGCCUGAAAAGCCAA